AUAGCCUCGCACGGUUUACAACUCAGACCUGACCCGCGUUUUAACAUGGUUCUAAAUAAUGGAAUAUGCUGAUUUUAAAAGUUGACCAGGGCUUUCUAGUUGUGGGGUGUUUGCGAGGCAUGGCUUUCCUUUUAACUUGCUUAUUUCUGUUCUGUUACAGUGUGAGCAGUGUUUGGGGAAAUCAGCACAGUGAGACCAGCAUUUAUUUGGAUAACAUCACGCGUAUAUUGGAUAGAUUACUGGAUGGAUAUGACAACAGGCUGCGACCUGGAUUUGGAGGUCCCGUCACAGAGGUCAAAACUGACAUCUUUGUCACGAGCUUUGGACCUGUUUCAGAUGUUGAGAUGGAAUACACCAUGGAUGUGUUCUUCCGUCAGACAUGGAUUGAUGAGCGGUUAAAAUUUGAGGGUCCUAUCGAGAUCCUGCGGCUCAACAACCUGAUGGUCAGCAAGAUCUGGACGCCGGACACCUUUUUCCGGAAUGGCAAGAGGUCUAUUUCUCACAACAUGACCACCCCCAACAAGCUGUUCCGCAUCAUGCAGAACGGAACUAUCCUCUACACCAUGAGAUUAACUAUAAAUGCAGAGUGCCCCAUGCGUCUGAUGAACUUCCCGAUGGACGGCCAUGCCUGCCCGCUUAAGUUUGGGAGUUAUGCUUACCCCAUCAGUGAGAUUGUGUACACGUGGAAGAAAGGCCCUCUGUCUUCUGUCGAGGUGCCGCAGGAGUCAUCCAGUCUGCUACAGUAUGACCUGAUUGGUCAGACAGUGUCAAGUGAAAGGUUAAAAUCCAACACAGGUGAAUAUGUCAUCAUGACCGUUCACUUCCAUCUGCAAAGGAAAAUGGGUUUCUUCCUGAUCCAGACUUACAUUCCCUGUAUUAUGACUGUCAUCCUUGCCCAAGUCUCUUUUUGGAUUAAUAAGGAAUCAGUUCCGGCCCGGACUGUUUUCGGCAUCACAACUGUCCUGACCAUGACCACACUCAGCAUCAGCGCCCGCCACUCCCUUCCCAAAGUUUCCUACGCGACAGCCAUGGACUGGUUCAUCGCUGUCUGCUUUGCCUUUGUCUUCUCUGCCCUAAUCGAGUUUGCGGCCGUCAACUACUUUUCCACACUGCAGGCCAACCGGGAGCUCAGGAAAGCAGCAGCCAUGAAGGCGGCAGCACAGGAGGCGGCAGCUGCAGCGACAGCUACAGCCACAGGGAACGAUGGGGAGGUUUCCUCAGUGGAUGCCAGCAGUGUGUUGAAGAAAAGGAUGAACUCUGCCCCGCUGUUCGAUCGUCCAGCCAAAACAUUCCCCAACCCGCCAGUCAACGCUCAGGCGUUCUUACAGCAGGGAUCAGCUGUACCGGCCAACAACGUUCUGACUGGCACCAGCAUCAUAGACAAGUACUCCCGCAUUCUUUUCCCUCUUUCGUUCGGGGCCUUCAACCUGGUCUACUGGAUCGUCUAUCUCACCAAGGACACCAUGGAGAUGUCCAGGGACACCAUCUAACCCCAGAGUUUGUCUUGCUGGACACACAUACAGUACUCAUCCGCAUAAACACACACACACACACACAAACAUACACACACCCACACACACAAAAGCCAAGCCAGGGAGGACGUUCGCUGGUUGAACAGAUGACAGAUGCUUGCCAAGGACUCUUUUAUGCUGCCUCUGUGCACUGUAUUUCUUUUUUAAUUCUCUCCGGAGCGCUAGUGUUUCGAGAGCAGACGUACCAGCUUCUGUUGCCAACUUGACCUGGGAGCUCAAGUUGACUCACAGCCUGUGGGCCCCAGGCUCUGGGACCAUUUCAAACAGAACUUCGAAGCACCAGUGCAUGAUUUCAAGACUUGCACAAAAUAACCUUUAUGCAGCUCAACAUCUGUGUCAUCUAUUGGUUAACGUUUUGGGCAAAUGGAAAAGCAACGUCGAGCACCGACCCACAGGAAAGGAAAUGAAAUAUGUGGGAAACGAGAGGCUGCGGUGAGAUCAGUGCAAGAGUGUUGGGACAAUACAACUUCAAAUUCAAGCUCCUUUUAUUGCUACACAGCCAGGCCAGCCAGGCCAGUGUUUGUUUUAAUACAGCAGCGCUCUGACAUUUAUGAAAUAUAACAAACUUUGGUACACCAGUGAAUGUAAACGCCAUGGAUGGAAAGUGCCCCACAUAAAACUUACAUCAAAUUGGAAAAAAAAAACAAAAACAAAAAAAACAAUAAAGUUGGUACUUUAAUGUGCUCUCUCUCUCUCUCUCUCUCUCUCUCUCUCUCUCUCUCUCUCUCUCUCUCUCUCUCUCUCUCUCUCUCUCUCUCUCUCUCUCUCCCCCUCCCUCUCUCUCUCUGUUAAUGUGUGUCUCUUCGACUCACGCCUGUUUGUAAGGUCCUCAUGUAUCCUGGCAACAGCCCACCUCUCACUAGAUGGAUUUAGGCUUUUAUACACCAACACUGUUGUUAUCAUUUUGUUUUUAUUGUUUCUAUUUUUGUUCUUAUAAUUUGACUUGAAAGGGUUCCUAUAGUGGUUGCCAAUUACGGCUUUCAGACGACAGCUAUGGCUAACAUUUUAAUUAAAAAGCAGGGAAAAUAGAAACCUAAACCUAUCACCAUCAAUUAUAUAAAAUGCCAAAAUACAUUCAUUAAUAAUCUACUUACUUGGUGUGGAUUUGCAUAUGAUUAUGAGCUAUUUCCAAUUAAGCAGAGUGGAUAACAAAUUAAGAACACAUUGUCUAAAUAUAAGCUGAUGUGUGUUUGUAUUGCAUAGGUUCAUCAUGACUUCCAUCAUCCAUGAGCAGCCUCAUUAAAAGUGGGUUUUAUUAAUGCUAACCUGCGCACUGCACCACAAUACAUGCAUACACAAAAACACGUGUGUCUUCUCUGCUUAUUAAAGUGUUCAAGUGACAUCAGGUGACAGGAGACAACAACAACAACAACAACAACAACAAAAACUGCUGGAAAACCAUUGCAUAUAAAUGGGGGGGGGUGCGCACACACUGUCUGAAAUCUAUUAUCAAUUUCAAAAAUGUCACUGAUGCAAUCGUCUCUCUUCUUCUUUAAACCAAAGGCUUACGUUACCAGCAGUCCCUUAAGAGGCACCAUAAUUUGUUUUAAUUGUGCUAUGAAAAUUUUUGUAAGAUGUUCUGUGCUGUGUGAGACAUUUUUGUAAACUGUUUUUGGGUUAUCUCUAUCGGGAUGGAGGCUCUUAAUUUUCCCUCUGUUACACUUCCAAGUGUUUUUAUGAUCACUUCGGUUGAUUUGUGUUCAGGCCAGCAUGGUAGCACUCAACCCAGAUAAAACAUCCUGGUGCUGCAUGAUUUAAACUUUGCACAUCCACUAUUUUUAGUUUUCACAAGAAUAAAAAAAUAAGAUAACAUAAAUAUAAUAAUAUUUAAAUAAAUAAAAACAGCCUUAUUCUGUUAUUAGCAGGCAUGGAUUCAUAUGCUUUGCAUGGUUUCUUGGAAACUGCAGGUCAGGAAAGUUACUGAGCAAACAGAAUUCAGUGUAAAAUUCCAGUCCAAGAAAAAGAGAGAAAGGUCAAAAUGUAAAGUCUGUGUUGUUAACAUGACACCAGUAAUAUAAUCUUAUGUCAAAAAAUACAUACAGGAACAUCCUCAGUGGUUUUGUGCUGAUAUCUGGUGAUAUAUUUUUCUGUGUGUCUUUUUCCUGGCAGAAGAGAUAAAGUGGCAGGUCUGAAUGAACAAAAAUUCAAAUUGGAUCACACUGUUUUUGGAUCAAAAUCAGAUUUGUAAAGUUUGCAUGGGCUGGAUGCUGUCCCAUCACAAUGUAAAAAUGAGCCAUAUCAAAGAAAGAAAGAAAGAGGUUAAAUUAAAUUAAAUUAAAUUAUGUGGCUAUUCACAUGAAUGCAUACAAAAGCAACCAUGUGGGACUCAUAAAGAUAAUGUCAAAUAAUGUGAUUGUCAUACAAUCCUGUCUUAAAGGUGUACAAUGCAAAAUUUCAGACAACUGAUUCAGGUAAGGACCCUUUAGACUCAAUUAACAAAAAAAAAAAAAAAAAAAUACAGAAAAAGCACAUGGUUUACCAAUGAUGAGAAAAUAAUAGACUCAAUGAUCAGGCUGAGUCCUAAUCCCACCUUUUUUUUUUUUUUUUCUAAACAUCCUGACUCAAAUCAUCCCUUUCCAAUUUUACAUAGUGUAGCUUUAAUGGCCAGAUCUCAAAUGGCAUGUGUAAUUGUGAAGUGAGUUCACCAACUAUGAACCAUGCAUUUGAAUGAAACAGAUUAUUUGUCAUUUUAAGACCUUUUAUUGCAUGUUUUGCUCUCAUGGACUUAUACCACAGAAAAGAAGAGGGAGGGAGUGCAGAUCAGAGGAACUGUCUUCAGAUCGCUCCCCUUCCUUUCUACUCCCUCCUUCAUCCACCCUCCUACCCCCUCUCUUCCCUCUAUCUUUGAUGUGGAGGCUGAAGAGACAGGACAUUUCAGCCCUGAUUGCCUUGCAUGGCAGGCUCUGCUGUGGGAAGGGACUGGCUGUCAGUGAACUCAGACUGCUACAGAACUGCUGGCGAAAACCCAGCAGAGCCGCAGAACAUUGAUGAUGGGGAAUUACAUAACUACACUUGCUAACUUCCACUUCCACCGGCGACUGAGUGGAUUUCUGAGGAAUUUCUGAGAAAAAGACAUAGAAAAAGAGGCGGGGGUGAGGGAGUGUGUGUAUGUGUGUGGAUGUCAGGGUGUGUAUGUGUGUUGGCUUGUUUGUUCAUGUGUGUUCAUUUGCUUUUAUCAAUGACUACCCUCUGACCCCAGCCAAGCUACUCAGCUCCUCCUCACCUCUAGGAGACCUGCACUUGCAUGACCCCCGACCCCCCAUGUGCUUGUUAGGGUUGUGGAAUGUAGAAGGUUGUGAACUCCAUAGAAUAUAGAAAUCUAUUACUAUGGUGACUGCGGCCAUAAGCUGCCCUUGUUCUUACACAUCUCUUUUAUUCUACUGGCAUGGGCUUUUUUGAUUCCACCACUGUUCCACCCAUCUUCUCAUUUUUGUAUGUUCACUUGCCUAGAAGUCGUGAACACAAUUUAGAAGACAAUGAAUGCUCUACAUUGUUCUUUUUUUGUGUAUAUUUUGUGAAUAUUUGACUUUUUUCUGUAGGUUGCUAUUUGUAUUUUCUCCAUCUCAAGGACCCUGCUUGAUGUCUCGGAUGUACAACAUUGAUCAUUUCUACUGGUUUGAAUGACAAAACAUGGCUUUUGUAUAUAAUAUUUUAGCAUUUUCUCCACAUUUGCUCAUUGUACACAUUGCUCUCCAUUAUUGUUCUGAGGAUGGCCUGUUUUUAUUGCAAUAGAUGACAAUAUUUGGGUAUUUUGUCCCCUGUUCAUACAUGAGCUCCUAUUUACUUCCCCCAAAGGAUUGUAUAUUACCAUGUUCAAUAAAACCAAAUUAUGUA